CCCCAGGGUGCAGGGAAUUCCAGGGUGCAGUUGCUCUUGCUCCGCCUCCUCCAGUCCCAUCAUAUUUCCUCCCUCCCGACCCUCCUGUAUUCUCCUCUCGCUCCCAAAACAAAGCCAUCUCGUCUCGUCUCCGCGUCCUCUGCACUUCUCUGCUCCUCGCCCUCCGACCCGGUCACGGAGACGACAACGAAGACCCGAGGCCAUCGUCGCCGCCGCCGCCGCAACCCUGGUGUUUCCUGGCACGAUUGCGAUGUUUCAUCGCCCGGGGCUCUCGGCAUCCUCCAUGACGCGUCCGUGUUCGUGCCCAGCGUCCAGGUCUCCCCGGUGAUCGGCUACCGCAGCGCCCGCCGUCCAGGUCCGUGCUCGUUGGGUUUCUUGGGGCUCUGUUUCUGUGGUUUUCCCCUGCUCCGAGCGCGCUUUGCCGGGGUUUCUGUGCCGGAUGGGGUCGGAGGCGGCGGCGGCGCCGGUUGAGAUCAGUUCCGACGAGGAGGACGACGUGAAGGCGCCCGCCGCCGCUGCUGCUGGCAAGCGCAAGUCACCGGAAGGCGCCCUCGACUGGGCCGAGCAAAUGGCCGAGAAAAUGCUGGCCGAAGAGGACUUCGGUGUAAGCGGGGCGGGCCUGGUUGAUCCAGCGGCCGUGCAGGAGUUGCUGGAUUCUCUGAUGGACGCGACGGGGAUUGUGAUGGGUGACAAGGAGAGUGCAGUGGUUGACAAGAACUCGAACUCCGUUCGUGAUGGCGAAGACGAGGACAACGACGAUGAUUGCGUCAUCCUUGACGGUGACCCUGAUAAGCCGGUUGCCGUUGCGAAGGAGGAGGGACCCCGGCGAGAUGCCGCUGAGGAUGAACUGCAGAUUGUUGCAGAGAAAGGAGAGAUAGCAUGCAGGGAUUUCCCUCAUCCACGCCAUCUAUGUGCUACCUUGCCGUUCAGCACCAGUUCUCACGCGAGGCAUUGCAAUAUGUGCCACUGUUAUGUCUGUGAUUCUCCUGCUCCCUGUGCCUUCUGGGGCAAAGGCACCGCACAUACUGAUCACUGUCAUGCUACCGAUAAGGAUGCAAAGUGGAAGAAACUUAGGCAAUCAUCCAAGAACAAAAGCCAGCCGUCGCCUAAACGAAGAAGUAUCCACAAUUUCUAUCAGUCAAGCACAACAGGAGCAUCAUCACAGUCUUCUGCAAAUGUGAACGGUUCUACUGGAAGAUUUCCUAUUCCAACAGUGCUAGCCCGAAAUCAACAGGUUGAUCCCUCUAUUAUGGCUCCAUGGGAUAGGGUGCAGGGUAUGAGUCUGAUGAGAGCACCAUCUCCUAUGCCAAGAGCUAGAAUCCCGAGCUAUGGGUCCAAAAGUGCUCCGGUUGCUCCUCCAGUUUACACACCCUCAAACUCUAACCAUUUGCAACCUUCUGGUCCUAGUUAUGUCCCGAUGCAGCCAGCACAGCCUCAUGCAUUUCAGACAGCACAAGUUCCACCAGGAGAUCGCGUUAGUGCUGGAACUUUUCAGAGUUACCAACCUCAACCUCAUUCCGGUGCGCCAAUUGGAUUUCAGGGAGACCGAUAUCGACCACUAUCAUAUCCUCAGCCUCCUCCAAACAUGUUAGUUGGUACUGGAGUGCCACUCUCACGGUCUGCCUCAGUGGCCUCUCAGGGAACACAAUACCAGCAAGUCCCACCAGCAGAUGCAAGAUUGAAGGAAAAGGAAAAACUUGCUAGUUUGGCACGUAAGCUGGGCGUAUCUGAUUAUAAUACCUACGAACCACUAGGUCAGCAGUCAGCGAGCACACCUCAAUCUCUGCAUCCUAGUCAGCUACUUGCUCAAGCUAAAGCAAGGCAAUGGGUUCAAGCUAAGAAAAGCUAUGUUGCAGCAACUCCACAAAUGAGGUCUUCCAGUGGGCAUAAUUCGUCAAAUCAUGCAUCUGGGGGUACUGUUCUUUCAUCUGGUUCAAUUCAGAUCCAGCAGCCCUUGUGCCAAUUGAAUUCUCAGAGUAGUCGUACUCUGAGUGGAACCACUCCGAGUAAUUUGCUUGAUGGGAAGUAAUCACCACCGUGGCCUCAUCAUUAGAUUACUAUCCUUUUUUACUAUGUUUGUAGUCUUUUAUAUUAGAGAUAGAUAGAUUAUCAGACAAACUUCCUGGUAGUCUGUCUUAGGAGAGUAGAAAGGUCGCUCCUGUAAUAGAGAGCUUGGACCCAGUGUAAUGGCUUAAUUAAAGCAGGGGAUUAGUGAUCAAAACUUGCAUUGCCAUGAUGAAAAGAAAAGGGGAAAAUGAAAGAAACAGAAAAGGAA